UGGCAAACUUUACUCAAUGGAUGAAAGCCAUGGUUAUCUCUGGCGGAGUGGUGAUUGGUGGAUGGGCUCUUAUUAAAUACAUUACACCACCAAGAGAAAAAUUGUUAGAGAGUCUCUUACCAGAAGAAAGGGAAUUGAUAAAACAAGCAGAGGAAGACAGGACACAAGACAUGGUUGUGAAAAUUAUCAAAGAAUCAGCUUUAUCAAAUGAACCAAUCUGGAAGAUCGGCAAGCUCGACAGGAAAACACUAAACUCUGACAAAUAAAAUAGAAAAUUAAUUUACGUAGCAUACUUUUUAAUGAAUACUUUAUGAUAAUUAAGGCAGAGAGUAGAGAUACAAUGCAUAUUGUAAGAAAUUGCUGUAUCGAUUUGAUGGUCUGUAACAAGGGAGUAGAUAUACAGAGAGAUCAUAGGGUUAGGUAGUGUAGGUUAAGGUCACAAG